GCACUCUCCUCAGUUAGCUGUUGCAGCCAGAGCGAACAGGCAGCAGUCCACUUUGAUCUAGGCAGAGCCAGAGCCAGAGCCAGAAUGAGCGUGCAGCAACGUGUGAUAUGCACGAUCUGCUCGGAGCGGUAUCGUAUGACGGAUCAGAUCCUGGCUGGCACCUGCGGUCACGUAUUCCAUGACGAGUGCCUGGAUCGCUGGCGAUUGGAGUCAAGUACGUGCCCCAUUUGCCGGAGCGAAGAGUCCGUGUACUUUCAGCUUUACUUGGACUUUGAGGAGCCAUCCACGUCGCCCGGCCAAGAUCAGAGCCAAGGUCAGAGCGGGAGCACAGUGGACAGUGAAUAUUCCGGCAUAAUGCGGGAGUACGAGACUCUGCUGUACGAAACGGGCGUGUACCGGGAGGAGAUAGAGUACUUAAACGAGCGCAUGGAGGCAAUAACGCUGCGUAAUUCGCAGCUGUCAAGUGAUUCCGAUUAAAGCAACUUUUGUGAGGGGA